AUUUACAUCAAAUUCCCAUUUCCGUACUGUGUCGAGGUUGGCUUUUUCCUAAUUUUGUUUUCCGAAUUUUGUCAAUAAUCGAAAAGCCCUAGCGCGGCAGAGCCAACUCAGUAUCGUCUUCGAUCUGAACUCGUUCACCGCAGGGCAGAUCCGCCAGCGAUUCCUUCGCCAUAAUCAGGUCUUUUAGUUAAUUGCUUUAUUCGGACCUGUCCUUUGGAGGCGAAGGAUAUCGAUUCUUUUUGUUGAUUGUUUGCAUCCGGAUCCAUCCUGCGACGUCGGUCUAAUUUUACGGGCUUCUGCAGAACGGAAAAUUAGGGUUAAUUUUAUUGACAGAGUGACAUUUAAGAAGGAUAAGUUCCGCUCUGUUUGCAUUUUUACUGAAGACGAUUUUGUUCAGUUCGUGCUAUUUUGAAACCAUGAGUUUUGUUUUUCGGGGCACAAGAGGUGAUGUAGAAACUGGGUUUCAGGGAAUUAUUCCAGAACGGCGCACGGUGCGAGUUCAUGCUGCCCGACCAGUCAAUUCGAAUUCCCUCGCCUUUCUUGUCACAGUGCUUUUGCUGUUUAUGAUUUUGAACUCUCACCAAAUGUCUCCUAAUUUUCUGCUCUGGCUGGUCCUUGGGGUGUUUUUAAUGGCGACAACUUUGAGGAUGUAUGCAACCUGUCGGCAACUCCAGGCACAAGCACAUGCUGUUGCAGUGAGCGGCAGUGUUCUUGGCCAUACCGAAUUGCGACUGCACAUGCCGCCAUCCAUAGCACUUGCAACCAGAGGAAGGUUGCAGGGUCUCAGGCUUCAGCUUGCACUUCUUGACAGGGAAUUUGACGACUUGGAUUAUGAAACUCUGCGCGCGCUGGAUGCCGACAAUGUUCCAAUGGCCUCAAUGACUGAGGAGGAGAUCAAUGCUCUUCCCGUUCAUAAGCACAAAGUGUCUGGGCCACAGAGUGGCAGCUCACCAGUGCAGCCAGCAUCUUCUUCAACCUCUAUGGAGAAAAAACAAGAAUCGGCUAACGCUAAUGCCAACGCAAAGGCGGCAGCAUCCGAUGAAGAUGACCUAACUUGUAGUGUUUGUUUAGAGCAAGUUAAUGGCGGAGAACUCGUCCGCACCUUGCCCUGUUUGCAUCAGUUUCACAUGAAUUGCAUAGAUCCAUGGCUGCAGCAGCAAGGCACAUGCCCAGUUUGCAAAUUCCGGGCAGCAGCGGGGGAUCGUUGGUCGGGCCUUACGCAAGGCGAAAUCGAUGCUUGAAGUAGUAUAUAUAGCUUUACUAAAAAUCAGAUAACCUCCUUCCUACCUGCAUAUGAAUCAUAGAUACAUAUAUAUAUAUAUAUAUAUAUACACAAAC